CCUGGCGAUAGACGGGACGUGGGAACAUGCGCACUGAAUAUGUUUGCAGUACGGAAGACAACCCUCUGCACUCCCUCGGCGCACCUCCCAGCACAGCAGGGAAAGCACUAAUGUUUGGAGUUGGAAAGGAACUGGAAGAAGGCCCUUUGAAAUAUGUCCUCAGGAAACAUCGAGGUGGACUGAGAACAGGAACGAGGACCUGUGUGAUCUGGUGUGUUGUACUCGUAUGUAAUGAGGUUGGGUGGUUCCUCAACGUUCUACAAUACGGUGUAAGACACCACAGGACCCCCGAAAUUUGGUCUCUGAAAACACCAAGAGGGGAAAUAACCGCUGAAAUUUGGCCUCAGAAAACACCAAGAGGUGGAAUGGUACAGGAAAAACAACCGCAGCAAUUUGGCCUCAGAAAACACCAAGAGCUCUUCAUUCUGCAGGUGGAGCGAGACGGAGAACGACUGGCGAAAUUGAGCAUCAGAAAACACAGAGGUGAAAUGGUACAGGAAAAACAACCGCAGCAAUUUGGCCUCAGAAAACACCAAGAGGAAAAACAACCGUGGCAAUUUGGCCUCAGAAAACGCCAAGAGGUGGAAUGGUACAGGAAAAACAACCGUGGCAAUUUGGCCUCAGAAAACGCCAAGAGUAAAAUGUGCUUCUUGUUCUGCAGGUGGAAUGGUACAGGAAAAACAACCGUGGCAAUUUGGCCUCAGAAAACGCCAAGAGGUGGAAUGGUACAGGAAAAACAACCGUGGCAAUUUGGCCUCAGAAAACGCCAAGAGGUGGAAUGGUACAGGAAAAACAACCGUGGCAAUUUGGCCUCAGAAAACGCCAAGAGUAAAAUGUGCUUCUUGUUCUGCAGGUGGAAUGGUACAGGAAAAACAACCGUGGCAAUUUGGCCUCAGAAAACGCCAAGAGUAAAAUGUGCUUCUUGUUCUGCAGGUGGAAUGGUACAGGAAAAACAACCGUGGCAAUUUGGCCUCAGAAAACGCCAAGAGGUGGAAUGGUACAGGAAAAACAACCGUGGCAAUUUGGCCUCGGAAAACGCCAAGAGGUGGAAUGGUACAGGAAAAACAACCGUGGCAAUUUGGCCUCGGAAAACGCCAAGAGGUUGAAUGGUACAGGAAAAACUGCCGCAAUUUGGCCUCAGAAAACACCAAGAAGUGGAGCGAGACGGAGAUCGACCGGCGAAAUUGAA